AUGAAGAGAACGGCCUCCUCUCUUGUUGGAGGAGUGUCUCCACCUCCACUCAGACGCAAGGUCGAGUCGACCACAACCAAAACCGCGGUCGCUUCAUUCUUCACCCCGGCGUCUCAGAAGAAACCCGAAAAGGUUACAUGGAGAAUUGUCAACAAAAGUCUCAUUGUUGGCAAAUAUGCCUCUGAGUCAAAAGGGACGGAUAAAGUGCACACAGGAAAACGAUCUAGGGUGGCUGCCUUUGAUUUUGACUCAACUUUGAUAUCCACAGCUUCAGGUAACCGAUUUGCGAGAGAUGCUUCAGAUUGGAAAUGGUGGAACAACAAAGUUCCCGAAAGACUGAAACAAUUAAAUGCUGACGGAUAUCAAGUCAUCGUCGUAUCCAACCAGAAAAAAAUCAGCUUACAGAGUGAAAUCAAAGGCGGCCGCACAGAAUCAAAAAGCUUAACAACAUUCAAAGAAAAAGCCCUCGUUGUAAUGCGCCAGCUUGAUAUACCCCUCAGCAUCUACGCCGCAACACAGUACGACGAGUACCGGAAACCGCGAACGGGGAUGUGGAAGGAGUUUCUAGAUGACUAUGACUUGGACGUGGAUAGUAGGCUGGAUCUUGAAGAGUCCUUUUUUGUGGGAGAUGCAGCCGGCCGCCCAACAGAUCAUUCCUGUGUAGACCGCGAUUUUGCUUCUAAUGCUGGCCUCAAAUUCAAAACCCCUGAAGAGUUCUUCCUUGACGCAAGCCCCGAGCAAGCGAUACGGCAGUUCGACCCGACAUCAUAUAUUGGUGAUGAUCCUGAUUCUGCAGUUACACCUACGUUCUCGAAACUGCACCCCGUUGAACUCGUUAUAUUCUGUGGUAGCCCGGGUGCCGGCAAGUCAACUUUUUAUUGGAAGUACCUAAAGCCGUUGGGUUACGAGCGCGUGAAUCAAGAUAUCCUCAAAUCGCGUCAGAAAUGUAUCAAAGUUGCAAAAGAGAAUCUGAGCGCUGGUCAAUCAGUAGCAAUUGACAACACAAACGCAGGCACCGAGACCCGUGCAUAUUGGACGGAAAUAGCAAAAGAGUUCAAAAUCCCAAUCCGAUGUGUUUAUUUCAUUGCACCACCCGCGCUGUGUAAGCACAACGACGCCGUUCGUGCCGCAAAUCCAACCUUAAACCCUGAAUCUCGCACCGCCCUUCCUGGUAUUGCUUUUGGCGAUUUCGCCCGUCGAUUUCAAGAACCUCAACUCUCUGAGGGUUUUGAAGAUAUCACGCGAGUUCAAUUCAGAUUUGACGGCGACGAGGAUGCGAAGAAGGUCUGGUCGCAGUUCUGGGUUUGA